UUUCUUAACUGUCACUUUCACUGAGAAAACUUCAUAAAUACAUCGUGCAUUGACUUUUUCCUUCUCUUUUUGAUAGAAUUCCAAGCACUUCCAAUUGUGUUGAUCGCAAUUUCAAUUAAUCCGUCAUCAUGAGAAUUUUUAAAGACCUCAUCACAGGUGAUGAAAUGUUCACCGAUUCUAGUAAAUAUAAACUUGUUGACGAUUGCUUAUAUGAAGUAGAAUGCGUGCAUGUCCAACGGCGUCAAGGAGAUAUUCAAUUAGAUGGUGCUAAUCCAUCACAGGAAGAUGAGGAUGAAGGAACUGAAGAUGUUGUGGAAUCUGGCUUGGAUCUAGUUUUAAAUCAACGUCUAGUUGAGACGGGCUUUUCUAAAGCUGAUUUCAAAAGUUAUCUAAAGACCUACACUAAAUCUUUGCAGGAUAAGUGGAAGGAACUUGGUAUGAGUGACAAUGAAAUAAGUGAAGCAAAAUCUAAAUUUACUGAAGCAGUUAAAAAAAUUUUACCUAAAAUAGGAGACUACCAAUUUUUUAUGGGUGAAAGUUCAAAUCCAGAUGGUUUAAUAGCUUUAUUAGAUUACAGAGAAAAUUCAGAUGGAACUGAAACUCCUAUAAUGAUUUUUUUUAAACAUGGUUUAGAAGAAGAAAAAGUUUAAUGGAUGGCGAUUAGAUGAACUGAUCACCAUGCUGCCCCAAGAGUAAAAUUUUGUAUAUAUACGAAUGUGCCUUUUAUUUAUUUUUUCUGAUGCCCAACUUUAUUCCUAUGCAACUGAUGUACAAUUCCUUCCAGUUUCUAUGAAAUCGAAAUCACUUCAAUUAGCAAUAAUAAAUAAGAGAUAUAAAUUUUAAUCAAAUCUAUCUAUGCAAUAAAGGAGAUUUACGUACUGUUGCUUGUAGCAUGUCUGACAGAUUGAUUGUAAUUGCGUUCCAUUUAAAAUAUUGAAUAAAAAGUUGUGUUUCA